UUCCGGUUUGUUGCUUCCGGAAUUCUCACGAAAGUGUCAAGUCGCCGUCAAAACAAUGCAAAAAUAUGAAAAACUCGAGAAAAUCGGAGAAGGGACAUAUGGAACUGUUUUCAAGGCAAAGAACAGAGAGACGCAUGAAAUAGUUGCCCUGAAGAGAGUGCGUCUUGAUGAUGAUGAUGAGGGUGUUCCAAGCUCUGCUUUGCGGGAAAUCUGCCUGUUGAAAGAAUUGAAGCACAAGAACAUUGUCAGAUUACAUGAUGUGCUGCACAGCGAGAAGAAGUUGACGCUGGUUUUCGAGUACUGUGACCAGGACCUGAAGAAAUACUUCGACAGCUGUAACGGGGAGAUCGAUCCUGACACAGUCAAGUCGUUCAUGUACCAGCUGCUGCGAGGCCUGGCUUUCUGUCACAGCAACAAUGUCCUUCAUCGAGAUCUCAAACCACAGAACCUGCUCAUUAACAAGAAUGGUGAGCUGAAGUUGGCAGAUUUUGGUUUAGCAAGAGCUUUUGGAAUUCCAGUUCGGUUCUACUCUGCAGAGGUUGUUACGUUGUGGUACCGACCUCCUGAUGUACUGUUUGGGGCCAAGAUGUACUCAACAUCAAUCGACAUGUGGUCUGCGGGAUGUAUAUUUGCAGAGUUGGCGAAUGCUGGUCGGCCGCUCUUCCCAGGAAAUGAUGAUGAAGAUCAACUGAAGAGAAUCUUCAAAUUACUGGGAACACCGACAGAGGAGACCUGGCCACAGAUGACACAGCUGCCUAACUACAGGCCAUUCCCUAUGUAUCACGUCUCCACCACAUGGCAGCAGGUGGUCCCCAAACUCAAUGCUAAGGGCAGAGAUCUUUUACAGUGUCUUCUCGUAUGCAACCCUGCCGGCCGGAUCUCUGCCGAGGAAGGCCUUCUACACAGCUAUUUCGCAGAUCUCAGUCCAGCCAUCAAACAGGGAUGAACCAUCAUGGCGUGAAGACAUGAAUCUUGAAAGCAUCAGUCUCCAAAUUGCAAUUUGGGGUUGAACUCACUCCUGUCGGAAACCUCAUGGCAUAAUGGGACAGAUUUCCUAUGUUACCCUCAUUAGGAAGGCCAAAAGAACACGAUGAAGUCAAACAUCUUCAAUACGUGGGGUAAUGAAAGGAACUCUGGUCACACGUCAUAAACAUAUCAUUUGUUUUAGUUAGAGAUGCUGUUUCAGUUAUUUUUAUAUACAAAUAUUGAAAAGGUCUGUCCAUGCUAAAAAGUCUUUGUGAGGAGAGAAAGGACUUGAACAGAAGAUGCAUUCUUUUAGGGUUGACAAAUCUCUGUGCAGGAUGGCGUCCCUUAGCCAUGUCAGGAUCUGGUGUUCGUAGGUUUGAAUCCAUGAUUUUGCACCAUGAACAGAGUGAGUGCUAAAUACUCUGACCUGAGACACAUUCAGCUUUCAUGCCAGCUGACACUGUCCAGUCAGUAAGUGAGUGAGGUUUUACGUCGCUUUUAGCAAUAAUCCCAGCAAUAUCACAGACACCAGAAAUGGGCUUCACACAUUGUACCCAUGUCGGGAAUCAAACCCGGGUCUUCGGCGUAACAAGCAACCCUUGAACCACUAGGCAGUGUAGACAGGGGCAGUCUAGUGGUUAAAGCGUUUGAUCAUUAGUCGAAGACCCGGGUUUGAUUCCCAUAUGGGUAAAAUGUGUGAAGCCAAAUUCUGGUGUCCCUUGCCCUGAUAUUGCUGAAAUAUUGCAUAAA